GUUUCUCGGACUUCCACGACCCCAUUGCGCCGGCUCGAGUGAUGGAAUAUCGCGCGACUGUGCUCCCUUCUGACGCUCACUAUCCCAUAUACGAGGGGCUUCGACUCGACGGCGAGCUACCUGCCUUGUCUCGACAGGAUGGACAAGCAGCGAGUCUCGAAGACGAGGGUUCUGCGCUUCAUCGCUGCAGGCUUGCUGACUCUCAGUGCUUUGGUCUCUGUCUUGCUGUCUCACGCGUCGUUCAUCGCGUCGGAACGCGUCCAGCGCGUCCAAGUACCCUUGCAUGCGGCAGAGAUACUACGGAAAUGUGCUGCUCUCGAGCUGAAGCCUGGUCCGCCCCAGGACUUCCAUACACGGGCACAGUCAGAUAGGUUCCAGCCCGGGACGAAGCCUCUGCUUAUCCGCAACGCGACACUAUGGACGGGACACUUGGAUGGUCUCGAAGUGGUGCAGGGCAAUCUGUACCUCGACAAAGGGCUCAUUGGCGAUGUGGGAGAAGUCGCCGUGGAUAUGUUGGAUGAGGAAGUGACAAUCAUUGACGCGAAUGGAGCGUGGGUCACGCCUGGGAUCAUCGACGUCCAUUCGCACCUAGCGGUGGAAGCCCUACCUGCCCUCGAAGGCGCGAUUGAUGGGAACUCCCUCAAGGGGAUCACGCAGCCAUGGCUGAGGUCUAUCGACGCCUUGAACACGCAUGAUGAAGGUUUUAAACACUCCAUGGCUGGGGGCGUAACCACUUCGUUAAUCCUUCCGGGCUCCGCGAAUGCGAUCGGCGGCCAGGCAUUCGUCAUGAAGCUGCGACCGACCAGGGAGCGUUCUCCGACGUCCAUGCUACUGGAGCCGCCAUACAGUCUCAACGGGUCCGACGUGGACGCACCGUCUCCGCUACGCUGGCGAUACAUGAAACAUGCGUGUGGUGAAAACCCAUCUCGCGUCUACAGCGGCACUCGCAUGGACACUGCUUGGGCGUUCCGUUCAGCAUACGACCAUGCUCGCCACAUCAAGGUCGCACAAGAUGACUACUGCGCCAAAGCCACAGCCGGCGAUUGGAAUGCAGUCGCCGAGCAGACCUUCCCGGAGGACCUACAAUGGGAGGCGCUCGUAGACGUGCUACGAGGUCGCGUCAAAGUCAACACCCAUUGUUAUGAGGUGGUCGACUUUGAUGACUUCGUCAGGUUGUCGAACGAGUUCAAGUUCGAAGUUGCCGCGUUUCACCAUGCCCACGAAGCAUAUCUUGUGCCAGACCUGCUCAAAAGCGCCUAUGGCCGUACGCCCGCGAUCGCGAUGUUCUUCGCGUUUUCGAGGUAUAAGCGCGAGGCCUACAGGCAUUCCGAGUUCGCACCGCGAAUCUUGGCAGACAAUGGAAUACCCGUCAUCAUGAAGUCGGACCAUCCAGCUAUACAAUCGAGGUUCCUGGUGAACGAGGCCGGGUACGCACAUUAUUACGGCCUCCCAGAGAAUAUCGCUUUGGCGUCCGUCACGUCGACGCCCGCCAGGACUAUUGGACUGGACCAUCGGAUUGGGUUCCUGAAAAAGGGGUAUGACGCAGACGUCGUCAUCUGGGACAGCCACCCGCUCUCUCUCAGCGCCGCUCCCGCCCAAGUCAUCAUCGACGGCAUUCCACAGCUCAACCCGUCUUACCCAGCAAUUAAGCCCGCAUCCUCCCAGCAAGCCCCACACACGCCGAAUUGGGACGAAGAGGCCAAGACUACGCUCGAACAUGAGGGACUGCCCCCGCUGGAGCCGGCACAGUCGACAGAAGGCGUCGUCGUCUUCACCAAUGUGACGAGCGCGUGGGUACGCGAUACCGGGGACUCGGAGAUAGUGAAUUUGCUGGCUGCUACGGGGGUCAUCGGCACGGUCGUUGUCCGCGCAGGCAGGGUCGUCUGUCAUGGCUCUAUGUACGACUGCGUCUCGUACACUUCCAGUGCCGAAGCUACGCACGUAGACCUGCAAGGCGGCGCGUUGCAACCUGGCCUCAUCACUUCUGGCUCCGCCAUAGGGUUACAGGAGAUCGCCAUGGAGGUGUCCACGACAGACGGGGAGACGUACGAUCCCCUCUCCGUAGAUGUGCCCGCCAUUGCUGGCGGGCUGGGAUACAUGCCCAGAGCUGUCGACGGGCUGCAAUUCGGCACGCGCGAUGCUUUACUGGCUUACCGCCACGGAGUCACCGUGGCCGUCAGCGCACCCAUCCACUCAUCCUUCCUAGGCGGCCUGAGCACUGCCUUCUCUCUCGGGGCCCCGCACAAGCUCCAAAAGGGCGCUGUCGUGCAGGAAGUCACCGCUGUGCACGUCAAGCUGGCUCCCGAAGGCGUGCCUAGUGUGAGCACACAGGUCGCGACCCUCCGGCAUCUGCUGUUGAAUCCUACGGAUGGCGACGCUGCGAAGUACUUCCGACUCGUGACGAACGGCACGCUUCCUCUUAUUGUGGAGGCCAACAGCGCGGAUAUCAUCGCUACUGUCAUUCAGCUGAAGGAAGAGGUUGAGGUUGAGACGGGAACCCCUUUGACAGUGACGAUCUCUGGUGGCGGCGAGUCCCACAUAUUGGCGAAGGAGCUGGGUGAAGCAUCUGUGGGUGUCAUUCUGAAGCCACCCAGGCCAUACCCCAUGCAAUGGGAUCACAUACGAUACCUCCCGGGACCCCCUGCUUCCGCAGAUAGCGCAAUUGCCGUCUUGCUGAAGCACAACGUCACCGUCGCACUCGGACCCCAGGGUGUGACCAACGAAGACUCAAUGUACACAUGGGCUGUCAGGAACCUUCGCUUCGACGCCGCAUGGGCGCACUUGGAGGCACCCGACGUCGUGGAUAAGGCCUCCGCCAUUGCAAUCGCCUCGUCUAACGUAGUCAGGCUGCUCGGCUUGCAGAUUGCGUUUGGUGACGAGGACCUAGUAGCCACCAUUGGCGGUGACCUGCUCAGUUUCGAGGGCAAGGUCGCAGCGGUGAUUUCCCCGCGCAGGGGUUCGGUCGACAUUUUCUGAGCCAGCGCUACGCAGCUACGUCAAUGCAAAAUGCAGUCUCCCUGCAACUCUUGUGGGUUUCAUUUUGUAGUCAA